AUGGCAUGCCCAGCUCACAUCUCAGCAGCGGUCCAACGACAUUUCGAGCGCGAUCGGCACUCGGAAGCGUCGGCUACUUUGUAUGCUCCUGAUCUCGACGACGACGACGAAGACGAAGGAUACGCAGGCUUUGGAGGGGACAUCGGAGAGCCGCACCCGCGAGAUCGUGCGUUGGAUAGGGAAGGACCGGAGCAGAAACGCACCGCCAGAAGUUCGAACCUGCCUCCCUCGCUCCCCCCCUUCUCGCUCGACGUCUGUGCGGCGCUGCGCCAAGCUGGCAGCGGUCAGCGCGGCUUUGACUUCCGACACUGCACUCCCUGA